AUGCAGCUGGCAAACUCACCCUGCAAAUCACCGCCAAUCAUCGGCGCUGGUGUAGCCGGCCACCAACCUAAAUUCUCCGGCGUCAGUCCAUCAACCCUCAACCACCUCGUCAAAGACAAAAACCUCCACCAACUCUCACUACUCGACGGAGCUCGCGGCAUCGCCGCAUCGCUCAAAACAGACUCCAACGUCGGAAUCACCGGCGACGAAGAAGACCUCGCCGCCAGAAAACAAGCCUUCGGCACAAACACCUAUCCAUCUCCUCCCACUAAGACCUUCCUCCAUUUCAUACUCAAAACUUUCAAAGAUCGGGAAAUCCUCUUCCUACUAGCCUUUGCGGUUUUCUCUCUAGCCUGGUACAAAGACGGCAUCACAUUCAUUGUUGUCAUCCUCUCCAUCGCCUUCUCUGCUUUCAGUAACUUCAAACUGUGCAGACUUUUGGACAAGCCAAGCAGCAACAUAUCAGCAGAAGUUGUUAGAAACGGAAGAAGGCAAGAUGUCUCAAUCUACGAGGUCGUCGUCGGCGACAUUGUAUGCUUGAAGAUCGGAGAUCAAGUCCCUGCAGACGGCCUCUUCUUGGACGGGCACAGCCUGCGACUGGAUGAAUCAAGCAUGACUGGGGAGACUGGCCUUGUGGAUGCCAACCCUUUUCUCCUCUCCGGCACUACGGUGGCUGACGGCUAUGGAAAGAUGGUGGUUACGAGUGUCGGGAUGAACACUAUGUGGGGGGAGACGAUGAGCAAGAUGAACCAGGAUACAGACCAGGAGACGCCGCUACAGAUCCGCCUCAGCAAGAUCACUAUCACCAUAGAAAAGCUCGGUACAGCUGUGGCUUUUCUGGUUCAUGUCGUGUUGCUCAUUCGAUACAUAGCUGGAGCUGAUAAUGGGGUGAGGGGGUUUGAUGGCCCAAGGACUAAACCAGAUGAUGUGAUCAACUUUGUCGGAGGAGUUAUUGAAGAAACUGUGUCCACUGCUGUGGUUGCUACACUUGAAGGUUUGAAUCUGAAACAGACUCUCACACUCACUCAUGCCUAUUUUAUGAAGAAGAUGAUGGCUGAUCAGGCUAUGGUGAGGAACCUCUCCGCUUGCGAAACCUUGGGUUAUGCUACUGUCAUCUGUACACACAAGACAGGUACACUAACUAUGAAUAAAAUGAAGGUGACAAAGUUUUGGUUAGGGAAGCACUCCUUUGAAGGUGGACUUAACAUGGCAAGGUGUGUAUUGGAGCUGCUCCGUGAGGGGGCCGGCCUCAACACGACGGGUGGUGUGUACACGUCCCGGGAAGGGCUCGAGUUCUCUGGUAGCCCGACAGAGAAGGCGAUCCUGUCAUGGGCUGUGGCGGAUCUGGGGAUGGAUAUGGAAGAAGUUAAGAGUGGUUGUGAGAUCCUUGAAGUGGAGGCAUUCAAAUCGGAGAUGAAGAGGAGUGGUGUUUUGAUGAAGAGAGAUCAUGAAUUUCAUGUGCAUUGGAAAGGAGCUGCGGAGGUGAUCCUUGCUAUGUGCUCACACUACUAUGAUUUGGAUGGUAACAAAAAUGAUAUGAGUGAUGAAGAGAGAUUGCAAUUUAAUCAUAUUAUUCAAGGCAUGUCUGCUUCUAGCCUUAGGUGCAUUGCAUUUGCACAUAAACAGCUCUCUAAUUCCGAGUGCGAUGAGGUGAAGAAAAUUCAAGAAGAUAACAUGGUUCUACUAGGCUUAGUUGGGCUAAAAGAUCCAUACCGGCCUGAUGUGAAGCAGGAAGUGGAAGAUUGCCAGAAUGCAGGUGUGGAUGUGAAGAUGAUCACCGGCGACAACGUGUUCACAGCCAAGGCUGUAGCCACAGAGUGUGGCAUACUCCGUCCAGGCCAAGAUCAAGACGGAUGUGUAGUUGAAGGAGUUGAGUUCCGCAGCUACGCAGAAGAGGAGCGGAUGAAGAGAGUCGAGGCCAUCCGUGUGAUGGCCAGAUCCUCCCCAAUGGACAAGCUCCUAAUGGUGCAGUGCUUGAAAAAGAGAGAUCUUGUUGUGGCAGUCACAGGACACGGCACACACGAUGCACAGGCGCUGAAAGAGGCCGACAUAGGCCUGUCGAUGGGGAUCCAAAGCACAGAGGUGGCGAAGAAGAGCUCUGAUAUAGUGAUCAUGGACAACAACUUCACAUCUGUGGUGACAGUGUUCAAAUGGGAGAGGUGUGUUUACAACAACAUACAGAAGUUCAUUCAGUUUAAACUGACAGCUGAUAUUGCAGCACUGACCAUCGAAAGUGUGGUGGCGGUCUCGUCUGGGAAGAUGCCUCUGGCGGUGGUGCAGCUGUUGUGGGUGAAUCUGAUCAUGAAUACCCUCGGCCUCGGGGGGCUGGCUCUUGCCACGGAGAAGCUGACAAGGGAUCAGCUAAUGGAGAGACGGCCCGUGGGGCGACAUGAGCCGUUGAUCAGUAAAGUGAUGUGGAGGAAUCUGAUGGCUCAGGCUGUGUACCAGAUUGUGGUGUUGUUGGUGCUGCAGUUUAGAGGAGAGGGUCUGCUUGGGGUUAGUGAGGGGGUGAAAAAUACCAUGAUCUUUAAUACGUUUGUGUUGUGCCAGGUGUUUAAUGUAUUCAAUGCAAGGAAGCUUGAGAAGAGGAAUGUGUUUGAAGGGUUGCAUAAGAACAAGUUGUUUGUGGGGAUUGUUGGAGUGACACUGGUUCUUCAAGCUUUGAUGGUGGAGUUGUUGAAUAAGUUUGCCGAUACAGAGAGGCUGAGUUUAGAAGAGUGGGGGAUUUGUGUGGGAAUUGGGGCACUUUCAUGGCCUAUUGCUUGGCUUGUGAAGCUUAUACCGUUUCCCGAUGAAACGGUUGGAGGAACGACCGACCCCACUGCCCGCCCAUAA